UGUGAUGCAUGGGCUUGAAACUGGGAUGCAUACGCCCUUCGUUGAUAACUGACAAGUAGGCAUAAAGGAGGAUCGUGUUGGUCUUGUAUGUAAGUGUGUAAAUCUUACUGAAAAUGUAACUUUCAGUCAAAAAUUAAAUGGCUUAUCGGACGCGUGCCCUUGUUGUUGGGUUGACGAUGUUCUUGGUGGGGGCAGCCACCUACCAGUUCUUCACCAGUAUCGGCCCGUCAAUAGCGGGACGCGCGAAGAUGCGCGUAUACUCCGACAGCGCUACUAACCUUCGAAUGGCUGCGAAGCUGGGGAGGUCGAUGACUUCUACUGCAGCAAGAGUGGCGGAUCAUUUGGUGGAACUUGGCGACUGUGCCACUUUUCGCGCCAGUGCCCCGAUCUAUGCCCAUUGGAAGCUACGGGCGGAUUUACCAAAUGUCUCCUUGUCUGAUCCUCUGAAAUCCAUCUUUCAUUACGGAAUAUUUAUCGAUCCUAAUGUUACAUUGGCUGCCAAAACUAGAAAACCGGAGGAUGGGAAAUACGUGGUUCCAAAUAUACAGCAUUACGCUUGGUAUUCGGACAAUUCUAAAAAUGUCAAAGUGAAUCUAAGAUUUCAUCAUUAUUUGAGUAUGCUCAGUGCUCAGAAAUUUAAUAAGCCAGAUUGUGUUUACUUUUGGUAUGAGAAAGAGCCAACUGGUGAACUUUGGGAAAAAUUAAAAAACAAGUUACCAAACUUGAUUAUGGUGUAUCGUGAAGGUCCCACUUCCAUAUAUGGAAAUGUAAUUAACUUGCCGGAGCACAAGUCGGAUGUUGUGCGCUUAGAGGCGUUGCUCAAGUAUGGCGGACUUUACACCGACUUGGAUGUUCUCGUUUUAAAGCCUUUGACGGACCUUCGCGUCCACGAUAUGACCAUGGGAUAUGAAUCAGCAGGCGAAGCCCGCAACUGGCUUUGCAAUGGAAUCAUGCAGGCAAAGCCCAAUGCCACUUUUCUGCGGAUAUGGUACAAACGGUAUGAAAAGUUUAAUGAUGGGAACUGGGGAGGGCAUUCUGUGAGAUUGCCAGCAAAAUUGGCAAAGGAAUUCCCGAAAUUGAUUCACACGGAAAUUGACACGUUUAAUCGGCCAAAUUGGCAGGAAGUAAAUUGGCUAUACAAGGAUGGAAAGAUCUGGGACUGGAGCCGGAGUUACACUGUUCAUCUUUGGUUCAGGUUUUAUAAUAAGGAGCACAAUCUUGAAGAUAUAAAAACCAUUAAUACAACCAUGGGACAGUUGUUUAGGUUUGUAGUCUAUGGUAAAAUAGACUUGAUUGGAAAGGAUAAAAAAGUCACAGCCUUCAGUUUAUGAUGAACGCAUCCAGCAGCUGGUUGGGUACUAUUCCUUUUAACGAGGUUUAGCAAUGUUCCGAUGAGUCACAGAACUGCGACAUUGCGAAGAACUGUUCAAAGUGUUAGCCCAUUGUUGAAAGGCACCCAUCAUGUUACGUGAUUGUAUUGAAUUUUAACGUAAUUAAAGCACAUGUAU